AUGUUCCCUGAUCGCAUCAUCCUUACUGGGUUGCAGUUCUACGGCUUUCACGGGGUCAACCCCGAAGAACGGAGCUUAGGACAACAUUUCAUAGUGGACCUCGAAGCCGAGCUUGACCUGAGGAUCCCAGCCGCCACGGAUCGUCUGGAAGAUACGGUGAGUUAUACCGAACUGUAUCGGGCAGUCAAAACGGUGAUGGAAGGGGAACCGUGCAAUCUGUUGGAAUCCGCCGCCGGAAACAUAGCCCGGAACGUUUUGGACCAGCACCUGGAAAUCGGGGCGGUUCGAGUCCGAGUUCACAAACCCCGCCCACCGAUAAAGGGGUCUGUCAUAGAGGCCGCUGCGGUGGAAAUCUACCGGUCGCGCCAGGCCUGA